AUGUCUCUCACGAUUGAGCCUCUUCAUCCUACAUUCGCGGCGAGGGUAUUGGGUGUAGACUUCUCAAAGCCGAUUCCAGUCCAAACAUUGGAGGCGAUAAAGGCCGCAAUUGCAAAGUAUGGCGUCUUGGUAUUCCCGGCAACAGGACUGGACGACGAAAGGCACGUCGCGUUCGCUGAACACUUUGGCGGGCUUGAGCGGCGAAAGGACACUGGGGCUCAGUCCCGGCUGAAGAUGCCUGAGUUGACUGACCAAGGUAAUAUUGACGCAAGUGGCAACAUCAUCGGCUCAGCAGAUCCCAGAGCGCAAAUCAGCAAGGGAAAUACAUUGUUCCACGUCGACAGCAGCUUCAAUGCCCAUCGAGCAAGCUAUUCUAUUCUUUUGGCACAUGAAAUCCCACCCAAAGGAGCCGGUGGCAACACCGACUAUGCCGAUACACGAACUGCCUGGGACGACCUUCCGGAGUCCUGGAAGGAAGAGCUUCUCAGUAAGAACUACAUUGCGAACCACUCCUUUUGGCACUCGCGUAAGACAGCGUGCCCCGAGUUCUUCGCUAAGCUCACGCCGGGGAACCACCCCAUGAGCAAGCAUAAAAUUGCCCAACUGCACGAACCCAGCGGACGAAUAAAUCUCUUCGUUCCAUCGCACUGUCACCACAUUGAUGGUCUGUCCGAGGAUGAGGGGAGAGAGAAAUUGGAUUUCUUGUACAAGCAUGUCACGCAGGAGAAGUACGUAGUGUCUAUUCCAUGGACGGAAGUAGGGGAUCUAGUGAUGUGGGAUAACACCUGCACACUACACAGGGGCACGCCAGUUGUUGGCAGCCAUAAACGGGACAUGCGAAGGGCGACUGUGUUGGACAGCGGCGCCGAGGCUUGGGGGCUGAAUGAGAAAGUGGAGAGGGAUUUCGCAUUUGCUCCCGAAGUAAUGGCGGAUGUUUUUCGCUCUCUGUCUAGCUAA